CGCCCAACUUUUUUCCUAAAUGCGAUUAUAACUGGCUACUAAGGAGAAGGCGUGAUCUUGUAUUUUUGGUUCAUGAUUUAUAUCUACUGACGCAUAGUGAAAAAAAUCAAAACUCAAACUCACACAUUCUUAUUUUCAAUCUCAAAAAUUGUGAACAAUUUAAUUUUUUUAUUUUUGUUAUCGUGUUUUGCAGUAUUCGACACAUUAUGAAAUCAAAUAAUUUAAAUUCAGCGGAGGAUUCAACGAAAGCGUCGCAUAGUAAAUCAUGCAAAAAGUCCACCAAAUCGCGUACGAAAUCUUCGAAAAGUGAGUCAACUAGUGGUAGUAAUUCAAAAGGUUCUUCGGCCAUCAAUAAUCAAAAAAACCUUUUGCCCAAUGCAACUACACCCACUACGCCUACGAGUAAUUUAUGCAAUUUAUUUGAUUUUCCCUUGAACGCGAUUACAAAUAGCGGAAGUGGGGCAAAUAGUGCUGAUACCAGUAACAUUUCAAGGAAUCACUUCAAAAGUUAUGCUGGUCUGGAAGGGCGCUCAGUGAAAAUUAUUUGGGAGCAAUAUGAUCAAAGUGAUUUGGAACUUUCUGCGGAAGUGAGUGCGCAAAUCGCGGAGGAUGUCUCAUAUAAGUUAUGGGAAUUAGUGAAUAAUAUAAAAACAUAUACGCGGCAUUCGGGUGGCCAAGUUACGUAUGAUUUGGUAAAUGAGGUAUUGGCCACCGCAGACGCCCCUCCUGCAUUGGGUGCACUCGAUACCGAAUGGGAUCGCAUUGACUAUGACGACAGCUACUUUUUUUACUCGGAUAGAAUUAUUGAGCUGCGUGAGGAGUACCAAAAAGAAGUGACUAUAGAAAUUUCAGAUGGCCCUGAUUACGAAUGUACCUGCCCAAUUGAUGAAAAGCACAUUGAGCUUAUCAAAAAAUGUAUACCAAGUUUAAUCAAAGUUGUUCUGUAUGGUGAUGCGAAUAAGAUGGAUAAAGCCCUCUCUUACGCCGUGUCCUCUCCUUUUUUCGGUUCUUGCUACCGUAUUAUCCUAUCUAAACUCAUACAAAUUCUGGCUUUUAAACAAAAUCAAGAUAUUUGCUUGCGUGGAUGGCGCCUACUUCGUACUUGUGCAUUUAAUUCAAAUGCACGUUUGCAAAACGUUCGUAUGGAAUUCUUUCAUUUAUCGGAGAUACUUAUCUCGCAGCUGCUCGCACCAUACGAAAGUAUAAAAGUCCAACCUUGUUCGAAACAAGAAGAUCACGGGGUAGGCGUCAAUAUAAAAAUAGAAGAAGUAAAGAUGGAGGAAAAAAUGGAACUCAAUUCAGAGUUUACUGCUCAGUCGGAUCAGUUUAGCAUGCAAAGAACAAAUUUGCAUGAAGAAAAAACUUAUAAAUUGCAAAAUGACGAUGAUUGCGAGGACUAUGUUUCAAUGGCAUCAAUAGCCUCCCCAUAUUUUGCCAGUCCUAUUGAUUGGAAGCAUGUAGAUGACCUGUGUGAUACAAUUGGCCAUUUGGCAGCAUCAAGUGGAUAUUUCCAAAAUGAGUGUAUAAAUCAUAUUAUAAGAAGGCUGCUCCGAUUUUUUGAUGGCCGCAGUGUUUCCACAGAGAGAGAUUUCAGAUAUAUAAGUCGGGCUGUGCGUGGUUUGAUUGCCCUUGGGGAAUAUGCUUUUCGAGAAUUUAUACCCUUUAUUUACAAAUUAAACAUGGAAAAUAUUUCAGAGCUAUUUUGGAAUGAUUUUGCGCUUAGCGCUGUUUUCCUGCACGGUCCUGACGACAUCUAUCUAUAUGAAUGGUUAGAGUUUUUGUGCGGAGGCGAUAAGCUACAGCCGUUUUUAGUGUAUUACGCGCAAUACUUUGAAAAGUUUCUUUCCACACGCUUCCUAAAGCGAAAAAUUGCUACAUUUAAAAUAUAUUCAAAACCCGGUGUUCGUCGGUUAGAGUGGAAUACAUUAGCUGCAGCCAUGUGCCACGGAGACGAUCCAAACAAGGCGCUAAAACCCAAGCCUAAAAUUAAAGAAGUAUUCCCUGACCUAGUAUCACCCAAUCUUCAAUUGAAUCGUGCUGGCAUUAUUCGAUUCAAAUUUGCCGGAUGUCGGCCAGUAAUAUUGAAAUCCAAAGUAGCGGAGAAGAAUCAUAAUUUAGGGCCUAAUACACAUGCUAUUCAAAGUGGUCCCAAUGAUAUCCUUAUAUCCCGCCGAAAAUUGUUCAAACCAUUAACUAACGAGCGUCGCAUUGUACCACUCAGUAGUUAUUAUUAUUUAAGAAUAUAAAUGGGUACUGUCCACUAGGGUUAUGACUCAUUUUUUACAAAAAUUUUACCUAUCACCACGUGAUAGGCAAUACUAAAUUAAUAAUAAAAAUGGAGUUUGCGGGUCAUUUUGGCAAAAACAUCUUCCGCACCAAAUGCAAUUUCUAAAAACACACAGAUUAAAAAUUUUUUCUUUUUUAUUAAAUUAAUAAUAUGUGCUAGUUAAAUUAAAAUAACAAUUAUUUAAAGCAUGUCAAUUCCAUUGUUUCCGCAGAAAAUGCCAUAAAAGUAGUUCAGUACAUUUCUGCAAAAAUAAACUUAUUGAUUUACUUGAUUAUUGUAUGAUAUAAAUUUAAUAUUUAAAGUGCGAGUAGUUUUGCAGAGAGGAUAAAUGUCCUGGACUAGUUUUAUGGCACGUUCAGCGCAAAUGUUACUGCGCUGCUGAUUUGGCAUUUUCGACUCCUCUAUAACCCAAUGCCUUAGGCACUCCGCACAUUAAGCUCCUAAUCAUAGUAAUGUAAUCGUUUCGGCAUACUAAAGUAUAAAGCUUUUAUGCCGAACACAUGUAUUUCAAUGAAGCUCUGUACAUUACGAUUCAAAAUCUUGUUUUCGCCUAAUCAUAAAAGCUUCAUGAAUCGAAGCGCCCAACAUUGUCAGGCGCUAGGCUUUUUGAAAUAGUAUUUUGUUUUCAUUUUACAUACAUACAUAUGUUCUCGUAUUCAAGUUUUGAAAAUACAUUUGUCAUUGAAAAAAUAAAAAAUAA